AUGGGUUCAAUAUCAGACUCAACAACUGAGCCUAACAUUCCCAUCAUUGACCUAGCUGCUUUCCUAAAUCCAGAAAGUACGGUCGAAGAGCGUCUCACAGUCGCGCAGGACCUGGUCUCUGCCUGUCGACAUGUCGGCUUCGUAUACAUCAAAAACCACGGCGUGCCCCAGGAGCAACUCGAGCAAGUAUUUUCAAUCUCCAAGGAAUUCUAUGAUCUUCCAACCGAACAGAAAAGGAAAGCCCCCCAUCCUCCAGGCUGGAGCGUACAUCGUGGCUAUUCAUGGCCUGGACUGGAGAAAGUUUCCAGUGCAAUCAGUGCGACCGAUGAUGAGGAGGCUAUCAAGGAGCUACGAGAAGUUCAGGACUACAAGGAAAGCUACGAAAUUGGCUCUGAGGAAAACCCAAGUCAGCCAAACGUCUGGCCUCCAGAUGAUAUACUGCCUGAGUGGCGACCAUUUAUGACCUCAUUUUAUUGGACUUGCUUUGAAGCAGGCAAGCGAAUUCUGCGAGCUCUUGCACUGGGCAUCGGACUGGACGAGCACCAUCUCCUCAAGUAUCAUAAUGGACAUUACAAUCAGCUACGGUUGCUGCACUAUCCCCCCAUUCCAGAGGCUGCAGUUAGAAGUGGGAAAUUCGCGAGAAUGCCUGCACAUACAGACUGGAGUACCAUGACAUUCUUGUUUCAAGAUGAUUGUGGUGGACUGCAGGUUGAACAUCCCAACAACGCGGGACAAUUCAUCGACGUUGCUCCUAUCCCAAGCACGGCGGUGAUGAAUGUCGGCGACUUGUUGAUGCGUUGGAGCAAUGAUUAUCUCAAAUCGACCAUGCAUCGCGUCCAAUUGCCUCCGCUGCAAGAUCGAUUCUCAGGCGACAACAGGAUGACCAGAGCACGUUACUCGAUACCUUACUUUGUGACGACCGACCCGGAUCUUCUGAUCGAGUGCCUACGAUUUGACGAAGAACAUCCACCAAAAUAUGGGCCGAUUACGCAAAGAGAUUACGCGGCGAUGCGAGCAAGAAUGCAGUAUUGA